CUGAACAUCGUCGCGCCAAAUGGUCACGUGCGGUCGUCAAACGUUCAACAUGCUGCCGAUGGCGCCGACGAAUCCCUUUGUGGUGUCCGUUAGCUCCACAACAGCUCCGUCCGCCUCAGCAUCGUCCUCGGCCACCGGUGUCAAUUGCUCUUCCAGCACCAACAACAGCAGCAACAACAACAACAACAACAACAACAACAACAGCAGCAACAAGCCAAAGCUGGCCUUCAGCAUUGACUCCAUAGUCGGCGCCGAGCCAUCAGCGCCAGCGAAGACGUCGACCCAUCCGCAGCGCAUGGCUGUCAUUGCCUCGCCACGAGGCGACAGCCCAGUGAUCGCCGCCACAUCGCCCUCUAUUGAGAGGCGAACACCGCGCGGCUUCAUUUACUGCCGGCGACGGGCCUCCUUGGAUGAGCGUUCACGAAGCCCGCCCACGCCGGCCAGCCGGUCCCCAUCUCCACCUGCAGCUGCGCCUGCUGUUGCACCACCCACUGCACCCAUUACGCUGCCCGGACUCAUACGUCCGCUUCCGCUGCCGGCUCCAACAAAUCUCACGCUACUUGGUGCUCCACGCUCCACGGAUAGCGCUUCACCCACGGGCACGGUGCCCGGCAUUCCAUCGCCCGUUCGACCCACAGCGGCGCCGCCUCCACCUUUUCUCGCCGCCCAGUUCCAAAUGGCCGCCGCCUUGGCGCACCAUCAUCACCAGCAACAGCAGCAGCAGCAGCAGCAGCAACAACAACAACAUCCUCAGCAUCCGCCUGUGCCAACGGGGCCACAUCAUGGCCCGCCGCCACCACCGCAUCUGAUGCCCGGCCAUCCGCUGGGUAUAUUUCCAGGCGGCCCCCAUCCAGGACAUCCACCGCCUCAUGGUCAUCAUCCAUUCGUGGCCGCUCCUCAUCUCAUACGUGACAGCUAUCCGCUCUAUCCCUGGCUGCUCAGCCGGCAUGGACGCAUAUUUCCACGUUUUCCAGGCAGUAAGUAGUCG